CGGGGCCCCAUUGAGAAGUAGCUCUUUCCUCGGCCUGCUGCGUCUCUGGCGGCGCGCCCGGUGCGCCUGCCCGGGCUAGAUAGCGCCUCCGGGCGAGCUCUGAAGGCCUUAUCUCGCUGGCCCUCCUCGCCCCCGCAGCAGUCCCGGGGCUGAGGUCGCCCGAGGGCCCGCAGCCCGCGCCCGCUGCGCGUCCGCCGGCACAGCGAGGGUGGACGGGCCGGCAGUGCCGGGGGGCGCGCUUGUACGUUGGGGCUAGUUGCUGGCUAGAAGUGAAAGCGGCAGAUUUGUUGUUGGGCGACGCCGCCCUCUCCCCACUUGUCGCGGGUGGACUUUUAUAGGGCGGGUCAUAAGCGGAGGAAAGGGGUUUCCAGGCGGGCGGCAGUCAGUCGCUGAGCAGGCGGCCCCAUUGUGAAGCUGCCAAACUCUCUCUAGUGGUGGAAUCUGCAAAUCUGCCGGCAAGGAGAUGGGAACAUGAAGGGAAUGAUGGCCCCGUCCUUUUCCCCUUGCAAGUGUUCCACAUCCUUAGGGUCUUCCUGCUUCUCCACCUACGUCAGUUUGCAUCCGGGUGGGUUAGUGAUUAGUGUCGAGCCGAGAUGCUGGCAGUGAUGAGUAUGGUGGUGCAUAGGUAAAACUGGGGCUGGAAACUUUUUAAUCGAGGAAGAAUGGCGGCAGAAGCACUUUAUCUCAUGCUUGCUACUCCUAGCCCCAAGUGCAAUUCUUGCAAAACAUUGCUGACGUUACCACACUCUUCAUUUUACGUUGUUUUUCUCAGAUGAGCCAUCCUACAAUUUAGAGUUGUUAGUUGCUCUGUGUGUUUUUUUAACCCUGUAGAGGAAGUUCCACUCUCAGGGAGAUAUGAACGAUCUCUUCUCAAAGUUUGUUUUCCCAGUGAUUUCACACUAAAGUGUUGGUAACUAUUGGAGAAGCUUUGGGUACUUGAUUAAUUCAAGGCCAUGAUAUAUACGUACACAGUUAUGUUUAAUGAAUAGUUCACAGAUUUCAGUGUUUUCAUCAUGUAACUGUGUUUUAUCAUGAACUGUGUUUAUUAUAAACUUAAUAAAAUGACCAGGAUGAAAUACAAGGAUUAAGGAUUAAUUAGACCUCUUGAUUUGGUAAGAAUGGUGUCUAGAACAUGCUUCUGUGAACAUUUUAGUUAAUUGCAAAUGAGACUGUUUAAUAGUGGCUAUUCCAGGAUAUAAGAUACAUCGAAUAUUUAUUGACCUUGCAUAAUGGUCUGUGAAUUUGUUUUCUUUGCCUGUAUAACUUUGAACACUUUGGAAGGCUAUUGUACACCCUUAAAAGCAUGUAGUGUGGUGAGAGUGAUAAAACUUGAUUUGAUAUACAGUGUUUACAUUUUCUUUGCUAUUGCCGAUUUAUAUCCUCUGGGGCAAGAAUUACCUCUUUUCCUCCAGAGAGAACCCUUGAUUUCAUCACCCGCCUAACUGAAGAAGUUCCUGGUUUUAAGCUUUCAUAUGGAAGUAUCUGGAGUAGAGCAGAAAAAAUAGCAUGCCUGUGUUCCCUUGGGACUCAUUGGACGUUGUACAGUGACGUCUUCCGGGAUUUAGUCUGGGGUGUGCAGACUGGUGCCUAAAAUGGAAGUAGAUGUUAAUGGAGAGUCCAGAAGUACCCUGGCCACCCUGCCCUUGCCUGUGGCGGAGGCGAGCUCCCCGGGAAAGGCGGAAGCAGAGAAGCCGCGCUGUUCCAGCACGCCGUGCUCGCCCAUGCGCCGGACUGUGUCGGGCUACCAGAUUCUGCACAUGGACUCUAACUAUCUGGUGGGCUUCACCACUGGUGAGGAGCUCCUGAAGUUAGCCCAGAAGUGCACGGGAGGUGAAGAGAGUAAGGGAGAAGCUGUGCCUUCCUUGCGCUCCAAACAGCUGGAUGCGGGACUCGCACGUUCCUCUCGUUUGUAUAAAACCAGAAGUAGGUACUACCAGCCAUACGAGAUUCCAGCGGUCAACGGCAGGAGGCGAAGGCGGAUGCCCAGCUCAGGAGACAAGUGUACUAAAUCUUUACCUUAUGAACCUUACAAGGCCCUCCACGGGCCCCUGCCUCUUUGUCUUCUUAAAGGUAAGAGGGCUCACUCCAAAUCUCUGGACUACCUCAAUCUAGAUAAAAUGAACAUCAAGGAGCCGGCCGACACAGAAGUGCUCCAGUACCAGCUUCAACACCUCACCCUCAGAGGGGACCGUGUGUUCGCUAGGAACAAUACAUGAGUGACUUGCCGAGAGUGUAAACCAGUUUAGGGCAGCCUGUGCUUGGCUGGAAAAUCCACUGUUGUACUCUGUACAAGACUCUUGACGUUACAGAUGGUUAUAUCAGCUCCGUGUUCCUGGAACAUAAAAAAUUGUUUGGAUCAAAUUUCGAACACAGGAAUGAAAUCACAGGUACUUGGGGGAAAAUCAUUCUAGAGCACGCAACUGCAAAGAAAACCAUGUUGGCCAUUAGUCUGUCUAGCUUUUGAGCUAGGAAAAAAGGCUUUGGUACAGUAGUGCCAUCUUUAUGAUUCUGACACUCAAAUUGGGAAUGUUAUCUGCUUGGUUGUUGCUGACUUGGUAUGAUUCAUUAGAAAUUUAUAUCUUUAAGUACUCAAGUACUUCUUUAAUCUCUGUAUUUUACUAUAAAAUGUAUGUAAUGAUUUGUUUUACAAAAUUUAGAACUUGAACAUUGCUGAAUCGGACCACUUUUUAUUUUUAAAUAUUGAGUUUAAAGAUUUUAUAACUGGUUUUGCACUGAAAAAAUUAACAUUUCAGAUUGACAAGAGAAUAAUCUUUCUUCACUUGCCUCAAUAAUACUAUUGAGCAAUGAACUUUUUUAUUUCCGCAUGGAAAGUUAUUGAUCUCUAUGGCUGUAAAAUAUUUCUUUAUAGCAUUAUUAAAGUGUGUCUUAAUACAAUUAAAUUUGGGGUACAAAGUAUUUAUUUUACAGUGGGGUGGGGGGAAGCUUUUCCAGAAAGUUUCCAAUAUGAAGUUUUCAUAAGUUAAAGAAGUUUCCUUAGUGCUUACUUUCUAAGUUAAAAUUCAUCUGAAACGUUAAAAUGGAAAGGAUUCUUUUAAUUGUGGAUGAUAGGCAUAAUACUGUUUGCAUCUGAAUGUUCUGUAAGUGAAUGAAACUUUAAUAGAAGGACUCAUGAUUUCUGCUAUCGAAUGCUUAAACUGAGUAUGAAGUGAUCCCAUUCAGCAUGGCAUCGGGCCAUUCCAGUUUUAGCUCUGUGCAGCUCCGAGCGCUCAUUGAAACUUCAGUUUCUAGGAUUAGUGUGGGAGCCUAAAGGACUUCCACAGUUUUAAUGGGUUAAUCCUGGAUUACUUAACAAUUUAUGUCAAUUGCACUGGUUUAAUUUGUUGCUAAAGAAAUAAUGCCCUGGCUUUAGUAACAAAUACAGCUCAACUAUUCUUGAAUAUAUUUUGAGGAAAAUGUAUGUAACUUAACCUUUUGUCAUUUCUAUUUCUUUUUUCUUUUUCUUUGUUGACUCUUGAAGGUGCAAUUUAUUACCGAAUUGGCAUUUCUGGCAGCAUAGAACUGCUUAUUUUACAUUUUAUUUUGGGGACUGUGAGUUUCUUAGGUGUUAGCAAUCUUGCUUAUAAAAUAAGAACACCUUUUAUUAAUGAGUGGGUCAUUCCUGGUGCAGAUACGACUUUUACUUAGCCAGAAUGAAUGGCAAACUCUAUUUAGAGCAGAGUAAGUAUUAAAAAACCCUAGGAACUCUUAAAUAAACAUUUAUUAUACUUUCACUGAGACAAAUCAUGUGAAAGAGCCUUGGGGAAGUUGUCCCAUUUCUUAAGACUGAAUUGAUCAGAUUUCUUGGUGGGCUGGAAAUUUUCAGCUGUUGUAUAUUUUAAAGUAAAUUGCACCUUUGUAACAUAUUGUAUUGACGAAUGAUCACUAAGAGUAACUAUAUCUAUACAGUCAUUAGUUCGACAAGAAAUAGAAUCCUGUCAGAUGCCAAAGAGUUGGGAUUUUUACGUUUAAUGAUUAAACACCGUUAUUUAUUGAUGAUUUACCCUGUGGAACUGUAUUAUUUCUAACUAUGAAAUAAAAGGGUGAUGUAAACACA